AUUUGGAACGAAGGAUUGGAAUCGCAGAAGGGGGCGCAGAGAGGAAAAGAACAAGGUAAGCCAUGAAGCAUAACAAUGUUAUCCCUAGUGGGCACUUUAGGAAGCACUGGCAAAAUUAUGUCAGAACUUGGUUCAACCAGCCUGCUCGCAAAACAAGGAGAAGGAAUGCCCGUCAAGAAAAGGCUGUGAAGAAUUUCCCUAGGCCGACUGCUGGACCUCUUCGGCCUAUUGUUCAUGGACAAACGUUGAAGUAUAACAUGAAAGUGAGGGCUGGUAGAGGCUUCUCUUUGGAAGAGUUGAAGGCAGCUGGAAUUCCGAAGAAAUAUGCACCAACAAUCGGUAUUGCAGUCGAUCAUCGUCGCAGAAAUCGUUCCUUGGAGAGUCUUCAAGCUAAUGUACAGAGGUUGAAGACUUAUAAGGCCAAGGUGGUCGUUUUCCCACGACGUGCCCGCAAGUUCAAGGCUGGCGACUCUACUCCUGAGGAACUAGCAACUGCCACACAGGUCCAGGGCCCUUACAUGUCUAUUGGACUUGAGAAGCCAUCAGUUGAGCUUGUGAAGAUCACAGAAGACUUGAAAUCCUUCAAGGCUUAUGACAAGAUUCGUAUCGAGAGAACGAAUGCCCGCCAUGUCGGUGCUCGGUUGAAGAGGGCUGCCGAGGCAGAGAAGGAAGAGAAGAAGUAAAUGGUUUCAAGUUUUUAACUGUGCCCAUAUGUUAUCCGUUGAAAUUCAAAUCGCUAUAGUGUUUGGCCUUUAAAUUUAGUAUCCUUUUUUUCCCUUAUGUGCAAACCUGAGUUAUGAGUUCAAUUUUGAAAUGAUUAGAGAUCUGUUUUUAUGCAAUGUCAAACAUAACGCAGAUUUCAUAGAUGUUGCCUCUUCUGAUUUCUUAUUCAUAUGCAUUUUUUAGAUGAUCA